CUGAAUGUCAAUUUGUCAAAUUGAGAAAAGAAAUAUUGGAUAGAUUUAUAUUACCCACCCUGCGGGAUUUUAAUAAAUAUUUUGUUAUUUCACUAAGUGUUUAAUAACACUUUGUUUCGUUUAAACAGUUUAAGAUGUCCCGCUUACUUUUUUCCCUAAUAGGUUAUCAUUCAGUCUUGAGAAUAUAAUUUUUUUAAGGUACUGCUAACCUAGAACAGUUGUAGCAUUUAGACCAAAAUGAGGGAGACUAGGAAGAAACCUAGUGCACCUGCUACACCUAAGAUAAAACCCAAACAAACUGAGUUCUCUUGUCCAGAAUGUAAGAAGACAUUCACAGACUCGUCAGGCCUACACUGUCACAGGAAACUACACACAAACAAAAUGCCAUUCAAAUGUGAGCUCUGUGACUAUAAGUGUAAGAUCAAGAAAUACUUGACACGACAUAUGAAGAAGACGCACACUGAACCGACGGAACAUCAAUGUGAUAUUUGCGGGAAAUGUUUCCAUUUUUCUUGUAAAUUAAGAGACCAUAUGAGAGUGCAUACUGGUGAGAAGCCACAUAAAUGCGAUGUGUGCGGCAAAGCGUUUAGUUCAACAUAUUCGUUGAACGGACACAAAUUGAUACAUACUGGUGAGAAACCCUACCAAUGCACGCAUUGUGACUACGCCUGUCGAGAUACAUCCACUAUAAGGAGACACAUAGAGCGCCAUCUGGGAAUAUCCAAAGACUUUCCGUGCUCUUUAUGUAAUAAGAUCUUUAAGAGAAAGGAUACUCUGCAGUUCCACCUGGACGAAGUACACUUUGAGUUGAACACCAGGAAGUACCAUUGUGAGCACUGUGACAAAGUGUUCAAAACUAAAAAUACGCUGACUGUGCAUAAUAAUACAGUACAUAAGAAAUCCAACCGAGUCAACUGUGAGAUAUGCGGAGUGGAAGUCACCAAAAACAAUGUUCUCGCCCACCUACGGCGGCAUGUUAAUCUCCGACCUUAUAAAUGUAAUUACGAUAGUUGUAGACGACGAUUUAAGGAUAAGGGUGAUCUCAAAAAGCAUAUACUUAUACACUAUCCCGAUCGUCAGUAUAGCUGCACGUACUGCAACCGAAAGUUCGCGAGAAAGUCGCGACUAAACGAACAUAUAGCCAUGCAUCUGAGGGGAUACAAAGUGCAGUGUGAUUAUUGCAAUGAAAUGUUUUCAUCAAAGAUGCGUCUAUCAAAGCAUAUAAAGAGAGCUCACAGUCCCAACUCAAAGAAAUAUAUUUGUGACGUCUGUGGUAUUGUCAUAAGCAGUCGCCGUGGCAUCGUCAGACAUCUACAAUAUGGACAUGGGACUGAAAAAGAUGUACAAUGCCAACUAUGUAAAAAGGUAUUCAGUCACAAUAUGGGGUUGAAGGACCAUUAUUUGAAGCAUCAUAAUAUCAAGUACUGCUUGCUAGGAGACAACCAACAAGAAAUAAUAAUAAAGGACGAACCGAUAGAUGAAGAAUUGAGCGAUGGUGACACUCGCCGGUACUCAUUCGAAGUUGACAUUGAUAAACAUGAGAUUGACGAAUUAUUUCAACCUUCAGAAGGUCAGAUAUCAGAAGAGAUAGAGCAACUCCCUCUAGAACCAGACCCGGCCACGCAAGAGGUGUCAGAAGUCGUGUCUACAAAUGUAGAUAAAGAACAGAGUUCAGAAGAUAUUGUUGAAGAAGUCUUCUUUGAAAACGUGGUUCAGAACACUGUUAGGAACAUAGAUAUGCCAAAUAACAUAGUAGAUAUGAAGCAAAAAGAGACAGUGAAUAAAUGCGUCGAGGAGAUGCUGAGCAAAGUGCGCAAGCGCAAGGAAUAUAAAGUUUUAGAGAUAUUGCGUCAACAAUAUAACAAACGCAUUAUAAUGGCUACCAGGAGCGGUAAAAAACAAGAUAAAUCGCUGAUAAAAUUCUUCAAAAAGUCAUCGGAGAGUUCAGAAAAAGAUACCAAAACUAAUUCUAGCGAUAAAAUCAAUAAUUAUAACAAUAACGAUAGUGAAACUGGUAUAGAUAACCCAAAUAAUGAUAAUGAAAAUAACGAAAAUACUCAUAACGACGAUAAUUCUAACGAAACUGCUGCAGAUAAUGGAAAUAACCGAAAUAUUCAUAAUGGAAAUGUAACAACGAUUGAUAACGAUGUUGAAAAUAACGGAGAUAAUCGUAAUGGUAAUAGAAGUAACGGUGAUAGUAUUAAUUAUCAGGAAUCUUGUGAUUCUGGUGAUUCUAAUGAUGAUAACGAUGAAGAUUAUGAUUAUAAAAACGAUGUAAAGGAUAAAAAUGGGAAAUUGAAGCUUAAUACACAUCAAUGUUAUAUUUGUUUUAAGCUCUUCAAAACGAAAACAGACCUGCAACAUCACUGCACGGAACAUUUCGAUAUAUGCAACGAGAAAACUAUAAAAAAAUGUCCGUUUUGUGGCUACGUCACGGAUUUGAAACUCUCCAGGCACAUCAGACUAGUACAUAAAGUCAAAAUUAGGAUCCCGUACUUCCCAUCUUGCAUCAAAGAAAAGUCAACUGAAAACGGCUCGAAAUACGUCUUCCAGAUUGACGAAGGUUGUGAUCUAGAAAUCAUACCCAGUAUAAGUAAUUUAAAUAAAUUGGCCUCAUUGAAAAUCGACGAGAAAAAUCGCAAAACCAAAAAUCAACUCCUCGCUACAACGAAAUUGGUCAAAAAGGGCGAAAAUUGGAUGGUCAAGAAGGAAGCUGUAGAAGUUAAUCAUGAUUAUUUAUUACCGAAUUUUUUUAAAGAGGAAUAUCAAAGUUUAAAGUCUAUAGGAGAUACUUAUAUUGAGCGGUUACGGGGUCUAAGUAUUAUAGCAAAACAACGCAAGCUAAGAAUGCUGUACCCCUGCGACGGUUGCGAAAAGAUUUGUCUAUCAAUCGCAGCUUUAAAAUUACAUCUAAGAAAACAUGAGGAAAAUCCCAAAAAAUUCAAACCUAAAAUAUGGAAAAAUCGCAUCGUGAAAGCUAGUAAAAAAAUUGCGCGCGGUAAAAGUUUGAAUGAUGCGAGUAAAAGUUCGAAUGACGCGGGUAAAAGAGUGAAUGACGCAACUAUAAGUUCUACCAAUCGUUUCGCUGAUCCGAACCCGGUGACUCGUAAGCACAAAUGCGAUAAAGCGUUAAUAGAUUUUUAUAAAACGAACAUUAAAGGUGGCGAUAUAGAAUUUUGGCAAUUUUUGAAAAUUUAUAACAAGAUGGACAGGGAAAAUGUUAAAGAUUUCAAAGAUUUGGAGAAUAGAUUCGAUUUUGGUAUGCAUAACAUGAUAGUUAACGAUAAAAAUAACGAAAAUGUUCCCAAAAAUAAUGAAAAUUUUCCCAAAAAUAAUGAAAUUGUUCCCAAAAAUAAUGAAAUUAUUCCCAAAAGUGUAGAUAAUAAGAAUAAUAGUAGAAAAGUUAAGAAAAAUAACGUAAAGAAAGGAUUCACUAGAGCAAUAAUGAUAAGUAAGAGAGAAUAUAUGAGAAGAAUGGAGAUUAAAAAGACAAUGAGAGAAAGAUUGCAAGCUUCUAAAUAA